AUGGCAUCCAAAGUAGUCUUGAGCGUUCUUGUUUUUCUUGUCCUUGUCUCAACUCAAGCUGAAGGAAACAACAACUUCAACUUGGUCAUGGCAUCAAGAACCCUCUCCGAUAAAGGCUACCACGUAAUGUCAAUGAUCUUCCAAGUGUUCCUCAACGAUCUCAAUGCUUCAGAACUGUUAACGGGCAAUUCGACUCUCACCGUUUUUAGCCCUCAAGAUGGUGCUUUCUAUUCCUCCAAAUACACACAGCCACCAUUAACUCUGCUUCAGUAUCAUGUUGUGCCUUCGAAACUUGAUGGCGAGGCUCUGCAAUCUCUUCACCAUGGUUCCAAGAUUGAUACACUGCUUCUCGGUCAUCCUCUGGUAGUCACUACUCUACCAACAGAUGAAUACACAUCCCUCAACGGAGUCACGGUUACUGAAUCGAAUAUUUAUAAGGAUGGACGUUUGAUUGUUCAUGGCGUUGAUAACUUCUUUGACCCUGCUUUUCAGACCUUGAUAUAUCCAAGGUACGAUGUGAAGAAAGAUAUCCACAAUGAAGCUACUAUAGCUCUUAUGGCAUCGUCGAAAUCAUUUUUUGGGGUUGUUAUUUUUCUGGUUCUUGUUCUCUCAACCCAAACUGCGGAAGGAAAGAACAACAACUUCAACUUGGCAAUGGCAUCAAGAAACCUCUCUGACAAAGGCUAUCAUGCAAUGUUGUCCAUGAUCUUGGACGUGCUCUUCAAGAAUCACAUGAAUGUUUCCGGCAAUUCCAUAUUCACUGUCUUUUGUCCACCCGACGAUGCUUUCUUCUCCAAAAAUCCACUGCCGCCAUUGGCGCAGCUUCAGUAUCAUGUUGUGCCUCAGAAACUUAAGAGUGGGAAUUUGAGCUCUCUUCCUCAUGGUUCCAAGAUUGAUACCCUGCUCCCUAGUCAUCCUCUGGUAGUCACCACUCUACCGAAUGACAACUACACAUCCCUCCAUGAAGUCAAAGUUACUCAAUGGAAUCUUUAA